UGGGAACUUCAAAUUCGCUCACCCAGACAAAAUGCUCGCGUCCACCAGCCUCCACAGCGUCUUCGUCUCUCGCACUCCGUCUGCAUUCCAUCGUCCCUUCUGUGAAAGAAUCAUUUGGAUUGACCACCACCUCUGCCGCAUUGCGCUUGCUUCCCAGGCAAGGUGUUAACCACCUCGUCACCAUGGCUGAGCCGGAGUCUAAGAAGGUCAAGGUUGACGGGACGACGAAGGAGGCCAUCAAGGAUGAGCAGCAGGGCACCGCCCGGGCCAAUAUGGACCGCACUCUCCAAGGGUGGUACAGCGAGCUGAGCCCCAUGUGGCCUGGACAAGCUCUUUCCCUGAAGAUGGACAAGAUUCUGUUCGAGGACCGCUCCGACUUCCAGGACGUCGUCGUGUUUGAGUCCUCCACGUGGGGACGCGUUUUGGUGCUCGACGGUGUGAUCCAGCUGACUCAGCGCGAUGAGGCGUCAUACCAGGAAAUGAUUGCACACCUGCCGCUGUGCUCGAUCGAGCCCCCCAAAAAGGUUCUCGUGGUUGGCGGCGGAGACGGAGGCGUGCUCCGCGAGGUGUCCCGGCACGCCUCUUUGGAGCAGAUCGACAUCGUCGAGAUUGACGGCAUGGUGAUUGACGUCGCGAAGAAGUUCUUCCCGGACGUUGCCAUCGGUUACGAGGACCCCCGCGUGAACGUGCAUGUUGCUGACGGUGUCAAGUUCUUGAAAGAAACCACCCCCGGAACAUAUGACGCCAUCAUCGUCGACUCCUCCGAUCCGAUCGGCCCUGCCCAGCAGCUCUUUGAGCGGCCGUUCUUUGAGUCGAUGGCCAAGGCGCUACGGCCCGGCGGCGUGGUGUGCACCCAGGCUGAGAGCAUCUGGCUCCACCUACCUAUUAUUAAGGAUCUGGCGCAAGCGUGUAGCCACACCUUCAAGGGCGGCUCCGUGAACUACGCCUUCACAAGCGUUCCCACAUACCCUAGCGGUAUCAUUGGUUUCAUGCUCUGCUCGACCGCUGGGCCCAAGGUCGAUUUCAAGCACCCGAAGAACCCCAUCGACGACUCCAAGAACGCCAACAAGAACCUCCAGCCUCUGAAAUACUAUACCAAGGAGCUUCACACUGCGGCGUUUCAGUUGCCGAAGUUUGCCCAAGACGCUCUUAAGGACCUUCUGACCUCCUAAAAGGUGGUCAAUGCUUUUGGUUAGCUUAUGAUGCAAUUCUAUGAUUGAUCGGAUGAGGAAGUUUGGUGAAACUAUUAUUGCACCGCGUGCGGGCGCACCCCUAUUAAUAGUUGAGGAUCAUUUCAGAAAGGGCUAUAGAGUCCAGUAGCUUUUGAAGCUGCGGACAUGGUUCAGUAUUGUGUCGGCCAUCAUAUGUUAGUUGACAAUGCAUGAGAAAGUAGCUGAGCGUGGCGAGAUGCCAAACAGAGCGCAGCCCGGACGUCUGAUUCUAACGAAGUCAAAGCAAGCACUGCGCACGAGUCGUUCCCUGUUCUCAGUCUUGCAUCUUUUUGAGUAAUAUUGAAGUGAUUUGGGAAGGUUUUGAUUGUCGAAGAGCCUCCGAGGUCAUAACGGUAGGAGCUGAGCAUCGUCAACUGAAUCCAAUCAAACGGAUUGGCAGGUCAAAGUGCGGCUUCAUUUUAUGUACGUUUUCAAUGCAGCCCUUACGAUUUUGAUAAGUCAUUCGAUGCAGUAUGAUAGUGUUGCGAAGCCGGGCCAGCCAUGGCACAUUGUACAGUACAAUCAUCGAUUGGUAGGACCUGUUGAGUCCGCGAUUGUGGC